GUAUUCAAAGGAGUCCAUAGUAAAAAUUGAAGUUAAAAUAAUUAUCCACGCAAAAUUGCUUAAGGCCCAUAAGAGAAAUAUACCGGUGUAGUUUAUUAGUUUACAGCCCUGAUAAAUGGAAGCGCAGCCAACUUUAGUCACGUCGCUGUCACGAAUUGCAAUUUUUAUAUCAAAAGAAGGUUUAAUCACUAUAUCGAAGGCUUGUACGGUGUCAAAUCGUAAAUAAGUGGACAACGAAAAAUAAUAUAUAUAAGCCACGAACUUAUUUGGAAAUUUAACAGAAUAAGUCUCUCACUUUGGAUUGGAGGUUAUUGGUAGACUCAUAUACCCACAGCUAUAUAUAUAGAUAUAUAUAUUUAUACAUACAUAUAUAUAUUUACCAACAUACACAUUGAAACAGUAAAAUGACAUCGCUGGAUCAAAACCGCUUGCAAAAUUUUAAAAACAAAGGAAAGGAUCAAGAUGAGAUGCGCCGUCGCCGAAAUGAGGUGACAGUAGAACUGCGCAAAAAUAAACGCGAUGAGACGAUUCUUAAGCGUCGUAAUGUCCCUAACAUCGACUCGAACACAGAUGAGGAUGAGCAAUUACCCAAUUCGAUAAAUUUAAAGAAACUUGGUCAGGCCGCCUCCGAUCCAUCGAAGCCGGAGCAACAGUUGGCCGCCGUUCAAGCUGCACGGAAAUUGCUAUCAUCGGACAAAAAUCCACCCAUUGAUGAUCUGAUUAACAGCGAUAUAUUGCCUAUUCUAGUUGAAUGCCUGAAGCAACAUAAUCACACAAUGCUCCAAUUUGAGGCCGCAUGGGCAUUGACUAAUAUAGCCUCAGGAACUUCCGAUCAAACCAAUCAGGUGGUUGCUGCCGGUGCUGUGCCGCUCUUCCUUCAACUGCUGAAUUCACCCGCUCCGAAUGUUUGCGAACAAGCCGUGUGGGCGCUGGGCAAUAUCAUUGGUGAUGGUCCCUUGUUGCGUGAUUUUGUUAUUAGGCAUGGCGUCGUGCAGCCGCUGCUGUCGUUUAUAAAGCCAGAUAUACCCAUAUCGUUUUUGCGCAAUGUCACCUGGGUGAUUGUGAAUUUAUGUCGAAACAAGGAUCCGCCGCCACCAGCUGCCACAAUACAUGAAAUCCUGCCCGCACUCAAUGUGCUGAUUCAUCACACGGACACUAACAUCCUGGUCGAUACAGUCUGGGCCAUUAGUUAUUUGACCGAUGGCGGCAACGAUCAAAUCCAAAUGGUAAUUGAUAGCGGCGUAGUGCCAAAGCUGAUACCGCUGCUGGGUAAUAAUGAGGUUAAGGUGCAGACAGCUGCAUUGCGUGCUGUAGGCAAUAUUGUAACCGGAUCGGAUGAACAAACGCAGGUGGUGCUCAAUUACGAUGCUUUAUCGUAUUUCCCAGCGCUCCUGUCGCAUCCAAAAGAAAAGAUACGCAAAGAGGCUGUCUGGUUUUUGUCAAACAUCACCGCCGGAAACGAAUCCCAGGUGCAGUUUGUCAUUAAUUUUGGCUUGCUGCCGAAAAUCAUUGACAACCUGAGCAAGGGCGAAUUCCAGACACAGAAAGAAGCAGCUUGGGCCAUUAGUAAUCUUACUAUUAGCGGCAGCCCCGAGCAGGUAUUUACAUUAAUCAAGGAAGGCGUCAUACCGCCAUUCUGCGAUCUGCUCUCAUGCCAGGACACUCAAGUGAUCAAUGUCGUGCUCGAUGGUCUCAAUAAUAUGCUCAAAGUGGCCGCAUCACACAUGGAGGAGGUUGCUAAUUUGAUUGAGGAAUGCGAAGGACUCGCUAAAAUUGAGCGUCUGCAAAACCAUGAGAACGUUGAGAUCUAUAAGCUGGCAUAUGAAAUUAUUGAAAAAUACUUUACAGAGGGCGAACAAUCUAAUCUGGCACCAACCUCUGAUGGCACAGAAUACAGCUUUGAUCCCAAUACAGACAAAGUACCAAUGAACCCCUACAAUUUUUAAUACCAAUGGCUGAGCAAGACCGUAUACAGAGAAACACACGUCUUAAUUGGUGUAUACUUAAUUGGUAUACAUAUAUAGCAUAUAGCAAUUCAAUUUCAAACGAUACUCUGUGCUCAUUUACCAACUACAACACAAAAAAAA